GUGAAAAGUCAUAAAAAACUAAGAAGAAGAAUCUCUUGUCUCACUUUUCUACUGUGACACAGUAAAAGUUGAAGAACAAAAAAACUUUUCUUUCUUUUUUUCGUUCACUUAAAAAGUAAAGUUAAUCCGUGAAAAUGGUGGUAGAGCUGAAGCUCUGCAAGACUGACAAUCGGAAGUUUGGCUUCCGUCUCGUUGGCGGAGCUGACUUUGAAACACCUUUAACAGUGUCGAUGGUGAUGGAAGGAAGUGUUGCCGAAGAAGCUGGCAUGCGAGUUGGCGAUGUCGUCGUACGGAUAAAUGACAUUCCAACGACACCCCUGUCGCAUCAAGAGGCGCACGAGGUACUCACAAAGGCGGGGAAUAACUUUUGCGUUGGAGUUUUGAGAGAACGCGAUUUGACUCCUUGUGGCGCCUCUCCAUGCCCGACAACGGCUUCAGAUCCCUUGGAUUUCGCUGAUGAUUAUCGUAACGAAGUCCUGAGUUUCCCCAAGGAUCCAAGUCUUGUCACGGAUGACGAUAUUGCGGAAAUGAUUUCGGGCGAAGCUGAGGUCUUAAAAGAUCACAACGUCAUUGGUGAAGUUUUCCAAACAAUUAACGAGGAAAUGCGCAAAUCCAAACAAGACUUGGAAGAAGAAGAAAAACGUUGGACUACCUUCCUCCAAAAGCCUCAACGUCCCGUCCCGAAACAAGCCUACAAAUACAAUGUCAUGCCCCAAACAUAUCGCCCAAAAAUCGUUCGGCAAUCCAAACCGAAAAUCGCUCCAGAAAUCAUUCAACAAGAAGAACAAACUCGUUCUCCUUCACCAAUGCGAGCUUUUCCCGUUCAUAUCCCAUUAGCGCACGAAACAGCGUCUCCCGAGCCACGUUUCCCCACGGAAGAGACAAAACCCGCAACUCCUGUGCCCGAAAUCAAAAUAGAAACGCCCGAGCCAGAACAAGAGCCCGUUCCCGAGCCUGAACCCUCUCCGCAAAUUACGGAAGCCAAAAAGGAAGAAACAGAGAACAAGGAGGAAUCGGAAGAAUUCGUGAAGCAAUUAGCGCAAGUGCAACAACAACUCGAAGCAUUGUCAAAUUUGCCGACGACAAUUCAAGCGACACUCGAUGCCAUCACGCAUCAGUUGCAUUCGCUGCUGAAUCCACCAAUUGCGGAAAUUAAGGUGCCGCGUAAAGUUGAGACGCCGCCAAAGGAAGAAGAACCUCAACCAGAGCCAGAAAAGGAACCAACUCCUCCUCCAGAGGAAGAAAAAUACGACAUCCCAGAAGAUGCCAACGCCGAGCACUUGGGUCCUCACUCCGAACAAGAAUUUGAAAAGAUCCAAAAGGAAGUCGACAAACACGAAGAAGACUGGGAAGAUAAAUUUGAGAAGAAACCCGCUGAAGUUGAGGAGAAUUUCAACAUUUCGAGCGAUCCAAAGGCGAAUUUGCAGGCAGAGUUGAAGCAAAAGUUGAAACCAAAGGCUGAGAAGCGACUUAAGAGUGCAUUUGGUCCCCUCACGCCCCAACAACGACCGAUUUUCCUCAAGGGACGCAUGUGGAAACGACCCGAAGACGCCUACAACGAAGAUUUUAUCGCGGAAGUCAUUAGCUCACAAGCAGAAUUGAUCAAGGGAUCUACUUUAGGAGUAAAUUUCCUCAAGUACCAGAAACCCGAAAAGGACAUUAGCUUUAUUAAGAACAGUGAAACCUACAGAUUAAUUCAUGGAUUAGACAAUACCCCGUCUUGCGGAAUUUCGAAUCGACCAGAAAUUAUACCAGCUGAAGCUGAUAUCAAAAGAUGUGCAACUCCUUGUCAAUAGACGUCGACGACGACCACCUGAUACGAUUUUCUGCUCUUAAUUGGAUUCUAGCUGGGAUUCAUUUUUUUUAUCAUUUAAAUUUUACGAACAAACAUACAUUUUAUUACGAAUUUCUUAAUAUUAUUACUCAAGUAUAUUAUUAUUAUUAUAAAUAAAUUCGAGAUAUUUGUUUAAAAAAGUUUGUUUUUGGUCCGUGUCUUGUUUCAAAGUACAUUUAAUUGAAUCAAGUCCCCUUUUUGUGACAUGGCGUGGGUAGCUGGCACAGCAA